CCUUUCUCCUCCCUCCUUCCUUCCCUCCCUUCCUCCUACUCUCCCUCCCUCCCAGCUCCUGCACCAGGAAACGGCCUGGAUCCCGGCAGCCAGCGGCCUGACCCGGCUCCACGCAGGCCAGGAGGAUGAAAGGCCCCAGCUGGGGGCUCCUUGCCACCAGUGCUGGGUCCUAAGAGCUGCCAUCCAGGCUGGGUGAGUGUGCCCUUCCUUCUCUGCCCCUGGCACCCCUUGGUUCCCCCACCUUUCCCUUCGGCCCGUCUCCUCCCCCAUCUUGUGCCUCUGCCAGCAUCUUCACAUCUUACCUCUGGGGAGGUUCUAAGCCUCUUCUCUAGCCAAAAGCCGCCCGGAUGGCGACCCCAGCCUCGGCCCCAGACACACGGGCUCUGGUGGCAGACUUUGUAGGCUACAAGCUGAGGCAGAAGGGUUAUGUUUGUGGAGCGGGUCCCGGAGAGGGCCCAGCAGCUGACCCGCUGCACCAAGCCAUGCGGGCAGCUGGAGAUGAGUUCGAGACCCGUUUCCGUCGCACCUUCUCUGAUCUGGCGGCUCAGCUGCAUGUGACCCCGGGCUCAGCCCAGCAACGCUUCACCCAGGUCUCUGAUGAACUCUUCCAAGGGGGCCCCAACUGGGGUCGCCUUGUGGCCUUCUUUGUCUUUGGAGCUGCUCUGUGUGCUGAGAGUGUCAACAAGGAGAUGGAGCCACUUGUGGGACAAGUACAGGAGUGGAUGGUGGCCUACCUGGAGACGCGGCUGGCCGACUGGAUCCACAGUAGUGGGGGCUGGGCGGAGUUCACAGCUCUAUACGGGGACGGGGCCCUGGAGGAGGCUCGACGCCUGCGGGAGGGGAACUGGGCCUCAGUGAGGACAGUGCUGACGGGGGCCGUGGCACUAGGGGCCUUGGUAACUGUAGGAGCAUUUUUUGCUAGCAAGUGAGAAAGUCCAGGGCCAAGUGGGGCUAGGUGUGCUGGGGGACAGGAGAGCAGGAACAGAACAGAGAAUGCCCUUGAAAGAAGUGGGGUGAAUGGAUGGGCAUGGAACUAGGAUGGGAAGGGGCAGGGUAGUGUGUGAGGGAACUGAGUGUGCCAGGCAGGCAGUUGGAGGAGUGAACUGGAGACUUGGGGGAAUGUACUGGGAAAGUCAGGGGGCCAGGAGUUGGAGUCAUUCCAGGGGGAGGGGGAGGUGGGAGGGAUCAUGUCUGUAGGUGUAGGCACAGGAAAUGAGCUGGGGCUCAGUUUGCAGCCCUGAGGAAGGCGGACUUGCAUAAGGGGCUGGCAUCUCCGUUGGAUGAGUGGGAUUUGGGGAAAACACAGAAGGCACGUCCCUUCGAAUGGGAGCUCAGAUUCUCAGGUGAUAGGGAGAGGUGGCUGUGACAGUGGGCUGCUUGGACAUGCGUGUGCAUGUGCAUGCUGGGCUGCUUGUCUAAUCUGGUGGUAGUGGGAUUCUUGAAAGAGAAAACAUUCCCUCUUGCAGUGGCAAGAACAGGGGCAGUUCUCUGCCCCCCUCUCAAUCCGCCCCCCUUACCUUGUCCUGUUGCCCCAGGGCUGAGGGAGAAACACUGUAUACAGAUGAAGGCUUCGGUCACUUCUCUGCAGAAAGUCGUUAGCAGGGCUUUGGAGAGAAGUGCAGUUCUACAGCUGGCCUUGUUCCUUCAUGGUCCCCCUUCCUUGUGCAUCAUGCACUUGCUGCUGCCUCCUGGGCUCUGACAGAAAGGCGGGGCUGCGGAGCCUGCAGUGGGUAGAGGCUUUGGUAGCUUGACCUGCCUGCCGCCUUCCUCUCCCACUGGGGUACACUGGUGCCUAAAGUGUCCCCUAUCUCUGGGACCUUAUGUUCCCAAACUUAAACUCUAAAUUGGGGCUCUAAUUAAUUUUCCUUCUGAGUGUAGACGUACACGCUGAUCUAGAAUACAGUCUGGGUCCUGCACUAUGUCUCAGUGAGACUGUUGAUGCCUUGAGAGGAACAUUCCAGCUCUGAAACCUAUGGGUGUGAGGGUGAUGUGUACCCCGUGCCUGGCCUGUUCCGUGUGGUGGGCUUUGGUGCUGCUUUAUCAAGGGCCAGGUGUAUGGGUUCUAGAGUACCUACCAUGAUCUGGAAGCAUUUAUAUUUUCUUUGAAGCCACGCUACUUGCAUGGGUGUUGUCUGUACCUCAGAGUCUGCGAAUGUUAACUUUAAAGCUCACAGCCCUCUAGAACAGAUUCAGAUUAUAGCUUUUUCUUUUGAGAAAGAAAUGAUUUCACUCCAAAUGCAUGCCCUGAGCCAGACCUCACUGCUGCACUUUCUAAGGUGCUAAAAUUGCUGCUCUCCGAUGCUGACUUCUCCAUACACAGUGCUCUAGAACCCUGCCCUUGAUCCUGAGCACUGAUCAGCUUAGCUAGACCAUGGUUAACUCUUGGAGAUUUUUCACUUGGUCCCAGAAGGUGGCAACAUAGUUGUACUCACUAGAAUGUGGGACCAAAUUGGCCUCAGGUGGUUAGCCCAAACUUUUAUGCUUGAGAGAGGGCUGCACUUUUUCAUGGUAUUUAUGGGGGAGGUGGUAGGCUGCACGUGCCACUCGGUCUGUCAUGAGUAUGCGGAUGCUAGAAACUCAGAGUGGCUCUGUGGCAGCCGUUGGGGUGGGGGAGGGGGUGGGUCUCUGACUUGCUCAGGACAAACUAGGCCGGUGGUUUUCAAACUGCUUGGCAGAGCCCCGACAUUUCCUAGGGGUUGCCUCAGGAGUCCUUGGGGAAGAUGAAGGUGAAAGGGGAGGGUGGCACUCUGAGCAGGCUGGGCCACUUGCCCUCAAACAGAACAGCUCUCCUUGUAGUUGUCUUACACGUCGGGGUUCAGGGUAAGAUUUUAUUUGCAUUAAGGGGUUUGCUGCUGAAAAAAAGUUAGAAAACCACUGACUAGACCAUCAGCUCCAAAUUGGAGCCUGUGCUCCCCCAGAUUUGGGGCAGACUUGUUACCCUACCCUCUACUACAGGGUGCCUUUCCAUGUUAGCUCUUCUGGGGGGCCUUCAGCAAACAGGGGCAGUGGGGACCAUGGUUACUGAGAUGCCCUACUCUGAGGCCUUCACACCUGGGUGGAAGGAGAGGCUGUAUUCUGAAAGUGUAAGGGGGUUGGUAUGGAUUCCUAGAAGCAUAGCUUGGGUGGGACCACAGUGAGCUGUUUUGAACUAUCUUGCCCUUCUUGAGGGGCAAUGGAAACCCCAGAGAAUCUUCUGUCAGGGAAAAGUAGAGACUCUUCUAGAGCCAUAGAGUUCCUUGGGAUUAGUUCUUGGCCAGGAAGCCUGAGUAUGGCUCCCAAUUUUUAAACCCAUUCCUUUUUUUUUUUUUUAAAUAAGGGAAAUAAAUCUAAUUGCUAUUUUUCAGAGAUUAAAUAGAUGAAGAGGGUGUUUCCUUCUCUCCAGAGCCCAAAGGGACAAACAGGGACUGCUUAGGCCAAGGAAGGAGCAGAAGUAGAGCAACUGGGUCCUGCGAUUAUUAAGCCCACUCCCCACUUAUUCUAGGGCAUACACUAUUUUACUUUUUUAAAUCAUAAAAUGGCAGGAGAAAGAUUUGGUUAGUUUAGAAGAAAAGAAAAAGCUCUAUAAAUAUAAAUAUAUAUUCCUGUAUUUUUAUUUAAUAAUUUAUAAAUACCAAGUUCGUUUGACUUUUAUUUUUGUGUAAUAUGUAAUGGUCGUAUUAAAAAUAAAUAAAUAAAGCCCAGAAGUUUAAUGAGAAGGACUGAUCAGGGUUUGUGACUUCUACACUGUGUAGCCUGGGGUCAGGAUGUUUCUUGAUCCAAUCAUCUCGACAUGCCCUUUGUUAAAGGCAAGAACUGGAGUAAUAGAGAUUUUGGAAGUGUUGAAUAGGAAAUCAGAGUUGUUCCCCUAUCCUCCCCCUUGGGUCAAAUGCCUAAAGCCAAGAACUCCAUCUGUGCCAGCCCAAGCCCUAAGAGGUUGUGUGUAUACUAGUAUGGUACUUUGGGACGGCACAAAGAAAACCUACCAAAUAUCUUUGUAUGAUGGCAGUCAAGUCUCCAGUUGUUCAAACUCUAAUAAGAAGUGUGUGAUAGUGAGCAUUUCUCCCCAAUAUACCCUGUUGCCUACUUUAGACUUAAAAUAAGUCUGGCAAAAAUGAAGUUCCUGCUUUCUUUCCCGAUCCCUUAAGACAUUUGGUUUCGGACAUUUUAAUGCAAACUGCUAAGUUGGAUGGAAACGACAGGAAUUAGCCCAUCCUCUGUACUUCUAGUCUAGGACCACAUCAAAAUCAUGUCUGACAGGAAUAGUGGUCCUAAUUUUAAAUUACAAGCAGGAAUUUUCUAGUCUUUCUAGAAUCCAAUGCAAUAAAAUAUUUGGGUUUAUGUGUUAAAAUUGUAGAAAGAAAUAGAUUGCUUAGAGGCAUCCAGGGUUGCAUUUCCAUUCUCUGUAAAAAAAAUAUAUAUAUAUACAGGGCAAGCCAUCUUAAAAUCUGAGAGUGGCUUGGUGAACAUGGCACCAGGGGAAAGGGGAAUUAGAUGCUCUUAAUAGUUAAUACCUUCAGGCUAUGAUAGCUAGUGCAUUUAUCUCCACUGCAGUGUUAUUGGUUUAAUAAUUGAUUGAUUUAUAUUUGCCAAAAAGCAACAUCUUACUAGAAUACUCAAAAGAUAAAACAUGGGAAAAUACAGAUUUUUAAAAUAGGGAAAAUUGAAAUAUUAUAAUAAAAUGAAAGCAAAAGGAAAAUUAAUGCACAGAAGGCAUUCUUUAAGCGGUUUUCCCAAAUACUAAAGCGAGGCUGUGAAUUCAGUUCUGAGCUUCUUGGCAGCAAAG